AUGAUUCUCCCAAGGGUGUUGAUCCCUCUGGGCACCAUCUCGGUUGCUUUCGCCGAGACCCAUCAUCUCUUUUCCGGCUUCUUUUCCGGUUCUACGAUUGCAGGGAUCGAGUUUGACGACACAGCUUCGUCCCUGACCCUGGUGAAAAACAUUUCAUCCGAAGCAUCUGGGUCUAAGUGGAUAACCAUUGAUACGCGUAAAGAAAACUUGUAUGUUGCUACGACAGGCGCUUUCCAGAGCUAUAAGCUCACGGAAGACUUGGACCUUGCCUACCAAAGCAGCGUCAACUUGUCUUCGUCCUGCAACAACGCGAACUUUGUCACCGCCCUGUCAAAAGCUCCAUACAUGGUCUUUGGCACUCCAUACGGAAGCGGCUGCCCGACAUUGGCCAUCUCCACCGACUCUUCUGGUACCCUUGAGGCAACUGUCGCCAAUGCCAGCUAUCUUGAUUCGAGUGGUGUUCAUGGGACUGCUCUGAGCCCUAAAAAUGACUUCCUCUACUCAGCUGAUGAUAUGGGGAAUGCGGUUUGGGUUCACUCCUACGACAAGGCGACGGGGGUCAUUCGUGAAGUGCAGUACCUUGCUGCUGCCUCCGGUUCGAACCCUAGACACGUGGUCGUACAUCCUAACGGAAAAUGGGUUUACGUGGUGUACGAGGAGGCAAAUGCUAUUGCGGCGUAUGAACGAGAAACAACUACGGGAAAACUGGAAUUCCACAAUGAGACUUAUAGUCUGCUGCCUUCAGGAUUCACCAACUCCUCUUCAUAUUGGGCUGAUGAGGUGCUCCUCUCAAUCCCAGUUGACAGUAACUCCCCCAAAUAUCUUCUCGCCGCGACCCGAUCACGUACGACUGGGACGUCUGGAUAUGUGUCAGCUUUCAGCUUAGAUCCAAAGUCCGGUGGCAUCAAGGAACAGCUAUUCCUGCAACCCACGACUGGCAGCGGAGGGUCUGCCAAUGCCGUUUCGCCAGCCCCGUUCAGCGAGAGUUACUUUGCAAUCACAGACAGCGGAGAGAAUUUUCUUGAAGUUUGGAGGAUUGAGGAGAAGAAGGCUUCAGUGAUUGCUCAUCUGGAUCUCGAAAAUGGGCCGGCUAACGUCGUGUGGUAUGACUGA